AUGCCGCAGGAUGGCCCAGAGCAUGACAAGCUCAAGGAAGACAUGCGGAAGUUGCAGGAUGGAAUUCGACAUCUAUUUACCAAUGACUUUAAAGACGCUGAAAACAUUUUUCGGCAAGGCGCGGAGUGCCCUCGGCCUGCGAAAGGCCGUGACACGCGCGGCGCCUUCGCGCUGAUCUAUGCUAUGGUCAGCUUCAUGUUCGGCCUGCUUUCCUUUGCCAAUGACCAGCUGGAUGAAUGCCUGUCACGCGUCUGGACAGCUGAAAGUUUGCUUCUGGAGGACUCGCCCUGGGUCGGCCAGAAGAUGCUCCUGGGCAUGGUCUACCUGAUCGCAGGAGUGGUGCAAGCCGCCAAGAACGCAUGGCUGAAGUCCGGCGUGAACUUAGUGCGAUCCCUACGGUACAUCCGGGACUUCGAAGAAGGCCUGCGUUUCGAUGGUCCCGAAGCCAACUUUGUGCGGAGCUUUGCGGCUUUCGUCAUGGGCCUCUUCAAUUUGGUGCUGUCCAUGCUUCCUCCCCAGAUGCUUCGAGUAGCCUCGAAGGCUGGAGGUCGCACGCUGCAAGGCAGCCGAGCAGAUGCGCUGCAGCUGCUCCACGACUGCUAUGAACAGGAAGGCAUCAUGGCCCCCUUUGCGGUGCUGGUCCUCCUGUGCUACAACAUCUGGAUGAAAACAUACCUCGGAGAGCCCAUAACGGAUGACGACUUUGCCGCGUCCAAGUCCUUUCUGCAGUGGUCGGCAGAGCGCUUCCCUGACAGUGCAGUCUUUGAGUUCUGGCAAAUGGAGCUUCAUGUGAUUCGCACGGAGAUUCACGAAGCUUCCAGGUGUGUUGAGAGGGUUCAUGCAGUUCUCGGCCACUUGGAGCUACCGGCAAUUGACUCCUUUCUGGAGCAGAAGAAAGCUAUGUUCUCCCUGGCGCUGCUCGACUGGGCCUCUGCGGCCCGAGGCUUCGAGCGGAGCUUGGCUGUCAGCGCGGCCAAGCAGAGGCGCAGCUAUGUGCCGACCCUGUCUUAUUUGGCUGGCUUGUGCCGCGUGCUGUGCCACAGCCCCUCUGAAGCGCGCGAGAAUUUCGCGCGAGUGCAACAGUAUGCCAAGAUGAGAAAACGCAAUUGGCCACCUGAAGAUGACCUUGCGUUUCUCAAAGUCAAAGACUUCCCCGGAGGGACCUGCGUGGAGCCCACGCGCGCUCUCCUCGAGUUGAUAGAGAUCUCCAUGUUGAAAAUCCACGUGCUCCACACGAUGCCCUCUGAGGAGAAGUGCCAGCUGAAGCAGAAGUUGCUGGAGGACCAUCCGAAUCCCACCUGUGAGCCGCCCGAGGAGGGCGCAAGGGCACUACUCUUCUCUGCCGAGAUCGCCCGUCUCCAGGGUGACAACGAGGAGGCCCGUCGCUUGGGAGCGGAGGCGGUGGCGCUACUGCCUUCCCUGGGCUCUCGAGGUGCCUCAAACGGGACUGCUGCAGCGCUGCAUUUGACCAUGGCGCUGCUAGGUGUGGAAGGUCACCUGGCCCUGCUGGACAAGUGUCCAAAGUGCUGCCGGGCCUACGACGAUUCCAUCAAGUUCAAGAGGCUUGGACUCGAGAGGAAAAUUGCUGAUGCGACAAUCCCGAGCACCUCGAGUGGAGACCUCUCAGCUGCGCUCGAGCAGUGCGCGGAUGACGGCUGUCGCUCCGCUGCAACUGCUGAUUUCAAAAGCUAA